AUGGACUGUGUGCGACCCAGAGACGUGCUCCUGCUUCUGGGCAUGAUGUUUGUCUGCAGCGUGGAGACCUCCAUGGCUGGUGGGUGUAGGGAGUGCUCUCUGCACAGAUACCCUUUCCUCGCUGCCCCCGUGUACCAGUGCAGGGGCUGCUGUUACUCCAAAGCCUUCCCCACCCCUCACUCCACCCUCAGGACCAUGGCCCAGCCCAAACCCAUCACGUCCCAGGCGUGCUGCUGUGUGGCAAGCGACUCCCACGAGGUGGAUGUCUGGGUGGGUGGAUUCACUGCCAGAGUGAAGAAUCAGACCUCCUGUCACUGUGGAAUCUGCAAAUAUCAGAAACUGUCCAGCGGCUAG